AGUUUCCAGAAGACUAUGAAGGCUAUCUGUUAUAACCUGUAACAUUUUGACCACAGUAAUUGGUCCUAGUAUAUUUAUACUGAUUCAUGUAUAAGAAAUAUGACUGAACGCUCUUGUGGUAUUGUUAUAAAUGGUCAUCAUACUGAUAUCGUUUUAAGACCCUACAGCAAUCGGACACUGUUGAUUGUAACGCAUUUCAAAAAAUUUGGAACGUUAUUAUUGAUAAAUCGUGAAUCCGCUGUGAAUGAUUACACAAGUGAUGUAUUCACGAUAAAGACACUCUUUGGUAGUGACAACAAUGACAUUCAUGUAGCCGCUAGAUAUAUAGCGCAAGAAAUUAAUAUUGAAAAACCUUUAUUACUAUCAAUAGCCUUAAAGGAUUAUGAUGUGAAGACUUUAAAAUCUAUUGUUGCUGCUGUGAAUCAAAUAAAACCGUGAUAAUAACGAUUUAAUCACUAUGAGUUCAAUUUUUGGGCAACUCGUUAUUGGUCCACCCGGUAGUGGAAAAACAACAUAUUGUAAUGCAAUGUCUAAAUUUUUGGAGUCUAUUGGGAGAAAAGUUGCUGUUAUUAACAUUGAUCCAGCAAAUGAAAACAUGGAAUAUACUCCAACCAUAGAUAUAUCGGAAUUAAUUAAGCACGAAGAUGUUAUGACAGACUUUGCACUUGGACCAAAUGGUGCUUUAGUUCAUUGCAUGGAAUUUUUAGAAACCAAUGUACAGUGGCUCAUCACAAAAGUUUUGAAUUUAAAAGAUCACUAUCUUAUUUUUGAUUGUCCGGGUCAAGUCGAGUUAUAUACACAUCAUAAAUCAGUGAGUCGGAUAGCAGAGAAAUUGAGCCAGAGCUCAGUGAAAUUAUGCAGUGUGCAUCUUGUAGAUUCACAUCAUUGUAGUGAUCCUGGAAAAUAUUUAUCUUCCCUGAUUCUUUGUACAACAGUGAUGUUACAAAUAGGUUUGCCGCAUAUAAAUGUUAUGACAAAAAUUGAUGAAAUGAAGAAGUUUAAAGAUUGCCUAGCAUUCAAUAUAGAUUUUUAUACAGAAGUACUGGAUUUAAAUUAUCUCUUAGAGCAAUUGGAUGAAGAUCUCUUUACUACAAAAUACAAGAAACUUAAUAAAGCGCUUGUAUCGAUAAUCGAAGACUAUAGUCUCGUCAGUUUUAUACCACUAGAUGUUUCUAAUAAAGCAUUGCUGUUACAAGUGAAAAACGCGGUGGAUAAAGCCAAUGGGUAUGUUUUUGGUGGUAAUGAGCCACGAGAUGUUCAAACAUUACUCGCAUGUGCGGUAGGAGCUGUCAAUGAAAACGAAAGAAUGUCAACAUUGGAUGAAUAUUUAUGAGCGCUUCAACAUAAUUUUAGUAUACAUCAAUAUUACAUUUGUUUUUAUGUAACUAUUAUGAUAAAAUUUCAUGAACAAAAUAAAAAAAUUUAAAGAUUGCCCAGUA